GUCCAUAAAAGUGACGUCAUAAAACCGGAAAAAGGUGCAAGGCGGACACAGCAGCCAUCUUCCUGAGGUCAACUCUUCUGUGCAUGAUGCCCAGACACUGUUCUGCUGGCGGCUGCAAAUCCCGUGACAACCGUGAGACUCGUAAUGCUGGCAUCACAUUCCACAAGUUGCCCAAAGAAGCCUCUCGUCGGGACCUCUGGAUCAGCAACUCCCACCGUUCUGACUCCUGGGACCCUCAGACCAAUUUUGUCUACUUUUGCUCAAAGCACUUCACGCUGGAGAGCUUUGAGAUGGCCAGUUGCAGUGGCAUGAGGAGACUGAGGGAAGAUGCGUUCCCCACAGUCUUUGAUACCCCAUCUGUGAGCAAAUCAAAGUGGGUGGGGAAGGUCCUGAAACAAGAAGACAGAUAUGGACCGGUUUCAGGCGAGCAAAGCGCUGCCAAGUGUCAAACUCCCAAUGACGCCACGGUCCAGCCGGCCAUCGAAGCCGAGAACGACGAAGAGCAACCCGGAACUUCUCAAGAAGCAGCAGAAGAUGGAGAGCGGCUCUCGCCACCUCCGGCUGCAUCACCACCCCGGCCUGUCUCGCCGUCGCGCUACAUGCGGCGCCUCCCCCCGCGCCCGGGCUUCUACCUGCCCAAGGAGCACAGCUAUGCCCAGCUCUGCCCACUGCUAUGGCGGAGGCGCUACGAUAAAGCCGUGGACUACCUAGAGAAGACCCUGCGGCAGCUCCACGCCGCCCGGCGCCGGGAAAACCGGGUGCGAGCGUCUCUGCUGAGGCUGCGUGACAAACAUCAGAGGAUACAAGUGACCAGAGAUGACCCCAUGAGCAGUGACGGAAGCGUCACAGACAAGUACUGCUGUUACUGCGGGAGAGGUUCCAGAACAUUGGAAACUGAAAAAGAUGCAGACCCGGUGAAGAGUCCUGACAAAGACUUAAAGCAACUUAGCUCGACCGAAACAAAUUCUCAAAGUUUCCAACUUUCAUACCAAGCUGCACAACGCUGUCAAAGUGACUUCAAAGGCAAGAGUAAAACUCAAGACCUGCAACAAUCCAUGUGGAUUCAAGACGAUGCCGAGGCUCAGUUCGUGCUGGUCCCCAUCUCCGGCAAAAACCUGCUGCAGAACUAUCUGACCAUCGAGGAUGUCGCUGGCCAAGCUGUCCCACUGUGCCAACCGAACUCGGAGAUCGUGAGCGGUCCAACUGGGAGGGGAAGCCAGCUGCAUCCAGUCAGCAACACUUCACUGGAAGAUCUGAGUGACGACGUGAAGGAGAAACUAAAAGAACACCUGGAAGGCUUCCACCUGCAACUCAGCAACGAGUUUGCCAACUGA